AUCUCAGCUGGUAUAGUUUAAAUUCAGCUCCACCAGUGUAAUAAUGGAUGCUGUUGUUCGGGAAUUUCUUGCGUUACAGCAAUUCGAGCAGAACUGGUUCGAUUCAAAACCAUUUUUAUAACGUCUUUCCAAGCGCUUAGGGUUGCCAGCGUUGGUCCAGUCACUAUGGUGACAGACAUUUUAAAGAGUUUUGAACAAUGGGAUUUGUGUUGCACAGUAGGCUUGUGUUGCAGUUGGUCCGGACAGCGGGAUUUCGUGCAACUACGUGUGAAAAUAUUGUCCACUCAUUAAUAACAAUGGACCCAAGUGUCAAACGAACAAGAAGAUCUGCAUACAAGUGCAAACCUGACGGUGUUCAAACACAGCAGAAUUUGGAGAGACCUCUUUCUGAUAAGAUGGACAUCCAUCAGCCAGAAUCCAUCGAUGGUGAAAUGCAAUCAAAUGACAAAGAGAUACUUUUGGGUCGCUGGAAAGAAGGACAAGAAUUAAUUUGUGCUGAAACACAGCAGGCUACGGCGGAUAGUCUUGAAAACAGAUUCUUCAAGGUGCGUCAAAGUUUACUUCGAGAAACAGCUGGGAUUGAUGAAGAUUUUAAUGAGCAGACAAUGAAAUCGCUGCAGAGGAUUAUAUCUGGACAAGGUUUAUUGAGAAAAGAAGCAGCAGUGAGUGCAAAACAUGAAGGAAAUCUGGAUCAGCAAACACAUUUCCAGAUGGACCAUAACACUUUACACCUGCCCUUCGAUUACUUGAUUCGGUCCAAUUCAACAAGAUCGGUUAAAUGUUCCUCCAACCCUUCCAAAGUCAUUUUAAAAGAUACAUCAAAGUGUCGUGAAAAAAGCAGAAUCGACAAAAGUUUAUCUUUUAAAGGCAAACAUCUUGACUUCUUUGAAGUUGUAAAAGAACAACUGCAACAGAAAGACCUGGAAAACCAACAUCUUGUCCGUUUAUUGUUGAUAAAGCAACGGGAACUGAAAGAUACGAUGGAGAUCUCCAAACAAAAAGAGAAGGAAACGCAACUUAUUGCUGAAAAGCUGAAAUGCGAAGAACAGAAAAAUACAGAGAUCACCAAAAAGUUUGAUCGUACCUGUGAAGAUAUGAGAGAGGAACUUUCUGAAGCCAAAAGCAACAUCAAAAGCUCGGCCAAACAGCUCAAAGCGUUACUGGACAAAUACGAGCGCCUCAAAACGCGUGCGAACGCAGUGAAGGACCAACUCAAAGUGGAGCUCGAUGAGAAAAAGAGCUCACAAAAAACACUGAAGAGGUUAAAGCAGUUAACUCAAGAAUUGAUAAACAAGCAGAAACAUCUCGAGGAUGAGAGAGAUGCAACGGCGAAAGAUCUGUCUUUGUGCCGAGAGAAGCUACAGAUGAUGGAUGCAGAACACAAGAAGAACAUCUCCAUCAAACAAAGACUGGAGGAGGAGUUAACAGCCACAAGAAUUGAAUCGGAAAACCUCAGAGAUCAUUUAUGUAAAACUCAAGAAAAGAAUAAAGGGUUGAUUCAAUUGGCUCGCUCCAAAGAGUCAGACAAAGAGAAAAGUUUAAAGGAAUCUCAGGACAUGAUCGAAAAAUUGAAUGCAGAGUUGAAGAAAUGCCAGAUGGAAGCGCAUCAGCAAGUGGAGGCUAUGAAACAUGAAUCUCAACAGAUUCACAACAAACAAAAAGUGGAGAUACUUCACCUGCAGGAGCAGCAGAAAGCCUGUCUGCAACAGUCCGAUGCUUUGAGAGGAGAAUGCGAGACCUACAUGGGCAUGGUUAAAAAACUCAAAAUGGAAAAGCAGGUCAUUACAGAAAAGUUGGAGAGCAUUCAUAAAGAAAAGAUAGUGUUGGAGAUGGCGAGUACAAAGGAGGGUGAAAGAUUGAAGGAGGCCAUCCGCUUGCUGGAGCGUGAGAGAAAGGUGCUGUUAGAAGAGAUGGAGGACUUGAGGAACGAUUACCUCGGCAUCAGUGACCGAAUCGCACAGAAAAUGGGCUACGUGGAUAAAGCUGAUCCUCCUAUGACCAUCACAGAUAUUACUUCAAACCAUCAUAGAAGAGCACAAAAGAAGUUGUCACCUACUGAUGAUGUGAUAGAAGACAUAAGAAGGAAACUGGAAGAGGAGAAUAACCAUCAGUCAUGAACUUAUCACAGCACAAUUUUUUUUACAAUAUUUCAUGUGUGUUGGUAGAUGCCAUUUUAUUGUAUU